CGACCAUUCCUGCAAUUUCUUUCAGACCUUGUCACAUUCACGGUCGGAGCAGUCAAACAACGUCGGCAACAUGAAUUUAGAAGACUCACGCAACGCCAACAAAUUGCAUCGUCCAUCGAAUCGCUUACGAAAAAUUGUUCGAAUAACCCGAAUUUGUAGCUACAUUUGCGGUGCAGAUGUCUUUGAUCCGAAUUAUUGUGUAAAUAUCCGAACCUAUUUUGUACUGGCCGUCAUCAAUUUUAGUAUCUUGCUCUUGAGCUAUACCAUGUACAGUGGAUGGGUCGAGGAGGGAGACUGGGCAAUUGUUUUGCAAGUUCUAACCAUUGGCGGGGGAACUCUUUUGCAGGGUUACUGCAAACUAAUUAACAGCAUCCGGCAAAAGGACAAAUUUCGUUUUCUACUGACCGAAGUGUAUUCGAUAUUCGAGGAAUACGAAUUGAAAUCCUGCGACUAUGCUCGGCAUUUGAAAAAAGGUUGUCAUCUGCUGUCGUAUUUUAUGAAACUUUGUGCUGUCAUAAAUGUAAUGAUGAUUUGUGGCCUAAUUUUGGUGGCAGCUGCAAUUAAUGUGAUUUUCCAGAAACGCGAUCUCAUAGUCUAUGGCGAUGUAAUCGGCAUUGAUCCUUCGACAACUAGUGGUUUCUAUGUGACAUUCAUGGUUCAAGCCUGUUUUCUGUUGGUUGGUGGUUUUGGUCUGUACGCUGGGGAUAUGGCUUUCUUUACGCCCAUAUCUCAAGUUCCAACUUUAAAAGAAAUUUUACGUUGCAAAUUUAAGGACAUCAAUGAGGCCAUGGAAGGAGAUGAAUUGCAAGAUUCCCGUCAUGUCUCAGAGCUGUUGAAAGAUGCAGUGCAGUUUCAUCAGAAAUAUUUAAGGUUUCUCAAUACCACUCAGGAUACAUAUUAUUGGGUCAUUUUGACUCAGAUAAGCACCUAUUCGGUGGGUAUAGUAUGCUCGAUGUUUUGCAUUUUCUUGGGAACUUGGCCCGGCGGUUACAUUUAUUUGCUAUACUGUUUUGUUAUGAUGUUCGUGUAUUGUGGCGUAGGAACAAUGGUUGAUAUUGCAAACGAAGGUUUCAUUGAUGCCUGUUAUAAUGAUAUACUUUGGUACAAACUCACCGCAUCGGAUCGAAAAUCCCUACUAAACAUGUUGAUUUUGUGUCAAAAUACUGAUGGCAUAACCAUCGGAUCGGUGUUACCCCUAUCCAUGAAUACCGGAUUAAGAGUUACCAAAACUAUAUACUCGAUUGCAAUGAUGUUAAUUAAUUUCUUUAUGGACUAAAAUAUAAUCUUUAUACAACAUAAACGUUAAACACAUCAAUAUUGCGUUUUCUAAAUCGGAUUUUGCUUUGGAGAAAAAGGCCUAAAUUACUAGAUAGCAGGAGCCUGAAAUACUUAGACAAGGCAUGUCGAACUUAAAUUAUAAUAUAAAAUUUAAGAUUAUCACUUAAUAUAUAUUUAUUUGAACUAUGCAUAUAAUUUAUUUAGUUUCAUUUAAAAAAUAGAUGAAUUAGUUUUAUUUAUCAAUAAAAUAUAUAUUCUUAUUAACAACAAAAAAGUAAAUAGAGGAAAACUAUUUUAAAUACAAUUUAAACUUCUAGAUUUAUAAUAUUUUGAAACUUUUUUUCAACUUUUGAUUUUUCGAUUUUGUAUUUUUUUCAAACUAACGUCGAAUAAAAUCGUUUGUUUAUUCUCUUUCGAGACAAGCUUA